AGUCGUCUUUUAGAUCCCUAGGCCAUAGCCAGGAUAUAAUAAGUUACAUUAAACAAAUAUAAUAAAAAAAGUGCUUAUUUUUUGUUUGCAAAUAUGUCCGAAGAUGGUGCGGAGCAUCUAAAGAAUCAGCUGACAAUAGCAAGAAAUGAAAUUAACAAAUUGAGACAACAAGUCAGAAAUUUGCAACACAAACAACGCAAGGACAUAGAUGACAUUGCACGACUUUUAAGGAACUAUUGCGAAGGAUGCCGUCAAUUGGAGAACAAUCAUAAUCGAAAUGAAUGCAUUACAAUAAACAAGGAUGCAGCGAGCAAUGCCGACACCACGACCUUGACCAUCACGACAGAUGUGAAUUCGCCACCAAUAACAAAAAUAGAACAACAAAAUCCCCAAGCAAAGGAUACAUUUCGUCCGAUUGGUGUGAUACGUACUUGUUUUCCCGAGAAACGAGCUGUUCCCCGGCAAUCAAGUGUGGGUGGACGUUUGCGUGGGCUAAUUGAGUUAAAUUCUGACGUUUUCACAAAUCCUGAGCAUGCAUUGGAUGGUUUAGAGGAAUAUUCCCAUUUGUGGAUUAUCUAUCAUUUUCAUAAGAACACAUCGCAUCCCAAAGCUAAAGUGGCACCACCACGUUUAGGUGGCGAGAGAGUGGGUGUUUUUGCCACCCGUUCUCCACAUCGUCCUUGUCCCAUAGGACUAUCUUUGGUGGAGAUUGAAAGAGUUGAGGCGGCAUGCAUAAGUUUCUAUGGCACCGAUAUGGUUGAUGGAACUCCUGUUUUGGAUAUAAAGCCGUAUAUACCAUUUUAUGAUUCUCCCAUUACAAUGGAGUCGGGCCGCAUUUCCGCUGGUCCCUGUGAACCUACUUCAGAUUUCUACAACUUUCGUCAAGAGCCCGAUGGUGAAGAAUCCGAAAUGGAAAUGAUGGGUGCUGUUUCAUUGGCCCAAACACCGGUUAACUUCAGCAACCAUUAUACACCUCCACCCCAGGCAGUUAAAGUACCUGCUUGGGUAACCCUAACCCAUCGCCUAAAUGUCACUUUCAAUGACAGAGCCGAAUCACAGCUACAAUCAUUGGGCAUGCAGAAGCAAUGUAUUAUUGACAUUUUAGAGGCAGAUCCUCGUUCCGUCUAUCUACGAACAAAAUAUAAUUCACAAAUAUUCACAUUUCAAUUGAGUGAAGUAACUGUUACAUGUAAAUUUGAUGAUAAAAAUUCAAAUGUCACUGUGUUGCAAAUACGGCCCACAGAACAUUUACAAGAUGUGAAUAAUGAGCAGCAACAGCACUGCUCCACCGGCGAGAGCAACCACGAAUAGGAAGACAAUUUUGCAGCUUAGCUUAUAUGGUGAAUAUUUGCGUGAUGUUAUCGUUAUACGAAGAUAGGCAGGUACAAAAUUAGUUUGUAGCAUGACAAGGACGUUACGUCGAUGUCGAAUAAAGAGGACUACAAGCAAACAUUUUCACUUGCAGUCAAAUAAUUAUUGAGAUGUUCUAAACAUAGUCUUAUUUAUUAUGUUUGCUAUAAUGAGUUUAGAAAUACUUUUUCGUAGUAGUCAAGAUUUCUGCAUUUAUGUUCUUCUUUCUGCAUUUAUGUUCUUCUAUGUACAAAAAAAAGUGAAAAACAUAUUUUUUAUGUUGCAAUAUUUGAGAUAAGAAUUUCUGUAAAUUUUAUUUAUUGUAAA